CACCUAAUGAUGCACCGCGCCAAAGGUAAACAAACAUCAACCCAUACUAAACAACAGUGAAUCUCACUAUUUAUAUAGGCCAGGAAAUGGAAAUUUUACUAUAGCACCAUAAUAAACAAAAGCCAAACCCCGCUAUACCCAAACCCAACCCCCGCCAUGCUGGCCAGUACAAAUCCGCAAGAGGCCCUAGCAACACCCACACGAUCAACAGCACGAGAAUCUACACUAAGUAAAUACCGAGAACCACAAGAAGAGACGGAAGAUGUGUACGGAUUUGAAGAGAAUUUGAAUCUUUCAUUUUCCAAAUUCAGUCAUUUCUCCGGCUCCUCUGUCAUAGUCAGUAGUCGAGGGUCGAAAGAGUCGGACAAUUCCGUUACUGAAUCACCAUUUGUUAAGAGAAUCGGGAAAUUCAGUAGUGUGAUAUAUGAAGAUACGCCGAGUCAGACUCAUAGUACUCAGACUCAUAGUACACAAGAGUCUCCAUUCAUAGAUGCUCAUUCCCAUUCCAAUUCCAAUUCCUCCACUUCACACAUUCCCAUAAUAAACCAUAGUCCAAUACGACAUCGUAAACUUAAAGAAACCAAUACAAAUCCCAUCCAAACUCCUAAUAAACUAAGAAGUGCUUCAGUAAAAGUAUCCCUAACUCCAGCCCAACGAUUUGAAAAGAAUCCAGGCACAAGACUGAAUAAUGCUCUAGAGAAUUUCCAAUUCUCUACUUUAUUAGGUAGAGGAGGAUGUGCAAGUGUAUUUAAAGCAAAGAAUUUAAAAACUGGUCAAAUAAUUGCUAUAAAACAAGUAUUUCUUGAAAAGGAUCUGGAUGUAGCCGUUUUAAUGAGAGAAAUUGAUUUAUUAAAGAUAUUAAAACAUCCAAAUAUUGUAAAAUAUCAUGGAUUUGUUAAAACUUCUUCAUCAUUAAAUAUUCUUUUGGAAUUUUGUUCAGGAGGUUCUUUAAGACAAUUAUAUAAAAGAUUAAAUCAUGGAAUACCAGAAAAGGAAAUCAUUAUUUAUGGUAAACAAAUUUUAAAAGGUUUAGUAUAUUUACAUGAUCAAGGGGUUGUUCAUAGAGAUGUUAAAGCAGCUAAUGUUUUACUUGAUGAAAAUAAUACUAUUAAAUUAGCUGAUUUUGGUAUAGCAACUAAUGUAAAUAGUCAACAUGAUACAGUAGUUGGUACUCCAAAUUGGAUGGCUCCUGAAACAGUAUUAGGAGGUGAUGGGAUAUGUACAGCAUCUGAUAUUUGGUCUUUAGGAGCAACUAUAAUAGAACUUUUUACAACAAAUCCUCCUUAUCAUGAUUUAAAUGCUAUGGCUGUUUUACAUGCAAUUGGAACUGAUGAUCAUCCUCCAAUUCCUAAAAAUAUGUCUGUAUUAGGUAAAGAUUUCUUAAUGGAAUGUUUUCAAAAACAACCAGGAAUUAGAAUUACUGCAAAAUUACUUCUUAAACAUAAAUGGUUAAUAUCAUCAACUACAAGACCUCAACCAAGUAAUAUUAAUUUAAGUAUGCAUAAACCUAGUAUUGAAUUAAGAAAUAUAACUUCAUAUUCAGAGAAGAAUGAAGAGAAUUGGGAUCAUGAUUUUGAAGAAGCAGGAAAAAUCGCUGCUAAGCUUCCAUUAUUACCUGAUAUAAUUCAAUUAUCAAUUGGAGAAGAAGAUAGUAGUAGUACUACUACUACUAAUAAUAAUAAUAAUAAUAAUAAUAAUAAUAAUAAUAAUAAUAAUAAUAAUAAUAAUAAUAAUAAUAAUAAUAAUAAUCUGAUUAUACCUCAAACUACAAAAUACUCUAAAAAUGAAUUACUUAAAAAGUUUUCAGAAGGUGAUGACGUAUUUGAUGUUAGUAGUAUUGGAGACCUUUCAUUUCAAAAUCUUAUGGAUAAUAGUGAAAAUACUGAUCCAUUCCUUGAUAUUGAAGUUCCAUUAUUUGAUAGUCAUGAAAUUGAAAUUCAAAGUAAAAUGGAAUAUUUAAUAUCCAAAUUUUCAAAUAAAAUAGAUAAAUUACAUUAUGAUGAUAAUAUUGAUAUGGAAUCUUUAGUUAAAACUACAGGAAGAAUACUUCAUGUAGUUAAGAAAUAUCCCUUUCUGCAUGAUAUUUUAAUUAGAGAUCAUGGACUUAUAUCAAUUCUUGAAUUAUUAAAUAGUGUUCAUGAAAUUCCUAAAGAUGAAAAAAUAUGGUUCUAUGCACUUUCUACAUUAAAUAUAAUAUUUCAAAGUAAUAUUUCUGUUUUGGAAAAUUUUUGUUUAUUAGGUGGUAUUCCAGCCGUUGCUCAAUUUAAGAAUUCUCAUUAUGAUUUACCAACUAAAUUACAAGUAGUAAAAUUUGUUAGUUUACUUGAAAGUUCAGAUAAAGCACUUUCAAUGUUUGUUUCAUGUGGUGGAUUACGAGUAGUUUCUAAAUUUUUAGAAGAAGAUUUUGAUGUAGCUCCUUCAUUUCCUAUUGCUGCUGUUGAAUGUAUUCAUAGUAUUUUAUCAAAGGAUUUAACUCGAUCUAAAUCUGAUAUAUGUCGUAUAUUAGCCAAAUAUGGGGUCGUGUUUUGGUUUGUAGUAUUCUUGAAUAGAUUAACAAGAAUUAAUACUCGACCUCCAUCUAAAGAAAUAUCAACUAAAGUUGUAAAUUCGACUAUUGAUAAAAUUAUGGAUAUUAUAAAAUUCUUUAGUCAAUCAGAAAUUAGAGUAAGAAUUAAUAUUGCUCAUAAUGAUUUAUUUAAAGUAUUAAUUAAAGUAUUUCAAAAUGUUGGUAUGAAUCAUCAAUUAACUAUAUUAAGAUUCUUUAAAUCAAUGUCAUGUAUUUCAGAAAUACUUAGAGGACUUCAAAAGGCCGAUAUUUUAGAAUUUAUUGUACAAUUAUUAGAAAGUCAUACUCCAGGAACUGAGCAUUAUAAAGAAUAUAUUAAUUUAUUGGCUCCAAUUUUAUAUAAUUGUUGUUAUUUAAAUCAUUUACGUGAAGCAGAGAUUGUAAGACUAGGAGCUUUACCAUAUUUAAAGGCUUUAUCAAUGAUUAAUUUACCCUUUAGACAAUUCUUACUUCCUAUAGUAUGUGAAUUAGCAUAUUGUGAUGGAUCAGUUAGAGAUACUUUAAAGAGUCAAGAAAUAUUAUCAGUAUAUCAAAAUUUAAUUUUAGAUCCAUAUUGGCAAUCUAAUUCAUUAGAUUCAAUCUUAGCAUGGCAUAAACAAGAUCCAAAAUAUGUAAGAUUAGAUAAUCCUCGAGCUAUAGAUUGUUUUAUGGGAGGAUUUUUAAUUCCCAAAGUUUCUAAUCUUGAAUCAGUACUUGAUCAUUAUUUGAAAUUGGUUAGUAAAAGUUUUAGUUUAGCCAAAAGAAUGGCUUGUAAAGAUGUAUUCAAUAAUAUCUUAAUGAAAAUUACUAGUCAUACUUCUAAUACGGUAGUUCAAUUAUCUUUACUUAAAAUAUUAAAGAACUUAAUAUCUACUGCCCCCACUCAAGAAAUAGAAUCGGUAAAAUCCAGUCUUACUACAGUCUUACAAUCCUUGGUAGAUCAGAAGGGUUCUUUAUUGGUGGCUGAAUUAGCUACAGAGAUAUUGGCAAUAGUAUAAUAAUAAAUUUUUUGCAGCAAUGUCGUGUGGCAACCUAUUUCUUCAUAAAGUCGCUAACAGAUGUAAUUGAGCUUUAGCUCGAAUAGCCAACUUAGCCCAACCUUGGUGGCUAGCCCAGUUGGCGGAGUAGAGAGCCUAAUGAGAUGUUCCUUUGUAAUUAUAUACGAAUUAAAUAAUAAUUAAGCUACGCAAGUUACAUCUAACCCGCCCAACAUCACAAGUAUUUCAGCUAAAUUGUUUCAGAUAUUUAAUGUACUAGAGU